AAGGAUUUCAAGAAACUGGGGAAAAUCUUUAAUUCUUAACAAUUUUUUGGUUUAUGAUCUGUGUUGUUAUUCAGUUACUUCCAUUUAGGAAAGUGCACUCUUGAAAUUUGAGAACAUCCCAUCGUUUGGUAAUUUUUGUACCCUUCGUUUGACGCUCUUUGCUCUGGCCAUGGCGCAGUACGAUCUGACACCCGUGUUAUCAAAGUUCUUCGACCGUCAUUUGGUCAUUCCUUUGCUGGAAUUUCUCAGCAGUCGUGAGAUCUACGACGCGACAGAUAUGAGAGUCAGUCGUAUUGAAAUCAUGAAGGACACGAACAUGGUGGAUUAUGUGAUAUCUGAAGUCAGGGAACUCAAUCAGUCCGAAGAGGUUCCCGAAGACCUGGCUAUCAAGCGACAGAAAGUGCUGGCCGGACUCGAAGAGAAACAGGUUGAAUCCGAAGGAAUUUUGAACUUCUUCCAGACAGAAGGUGUCAAGACAGCUGUCGAGACCAUUAACGACAGUGACCAAUUAUAUGAAGUUCUAGUGCGAGAACACGGCUUCCAACCGGAAAUGCUGGAUACGAUAUUCGAUUACGCCAAGUUUAACUUCGAAUGCGGUAAUUACAAGGGAGCUACGGAGUUUUUGGAUUUAUUCCGUUCAGUGGCUCCGACGAAUCAUCCCAAGCAGAGACCAGCUAGAUGGGGAAAGGCUGCUGGAGAAAUCUUAUUGCAGGAUUGGGAUACGGCAUUGGCCGAUCUCAACCAAUUGAAAACCGACAUCGAUAGCGUCAGUGACCGCGUAGCAAUUGUGGAAACUUUAAACGAUCGAGCUUGGCUUAUUCAUUGGUCAUUGUGUUUUUUCAACCAUCCGAAAGGCAAAGAUCUCAUAGUCGAUUGGUGUAUGCAAGAGCCUGAAUAUUUGAACGCAAUCCAGACUCUCUGUCCUCAUAUUUUGCGCUACAUCGUCGUGGCUAUCUUGACUAAUCGCCGCCGGAGGCAGCUCAUCAAGGACGUUAUCGAAGUUAUCAAACAAGAAUCGCCUAAUUAUAAGGACCCUGUUACGGAAUUCGUUACAAGCCUGUUUGUUGAUUACGAUUUUGAACGGGCACAGAAAAUGCUUAAGGAAUGUGAAACAGUUUUGGAUAAUGAUUUUUUCCUGAUUGGUUGUGUGGAGGACUUUAUUGACAGCGCACGCCAGUACAUCUUUGAGACGUACUGUCGCAUUCAUUCAAGGAUAAGCAUUCGGGAUUUGGCGGAGACACUGAGUCUGGAAUCGGACGAGGCCGAGAAAUGGAUUGCUAAUGUCAUCCGUAAUGCGCGUCUGGAUGCGAAAAUUGAUGCGGCUAAGGGCGAGGUCCUGAUGGGAAUUCCGGCUUUGUCAUCUUAUCAAAUGCUGAUCGAGAAAACGAAGACAUUGUCGCUGCGCACUCAGCAGAUGGUUAAUCAGGUGGAUAAGCGCGUAGGAGGCAGGACCGCUGGGACGUAUCAAGAGCCCCAGUAUGAAGUGGACCAGAAAGUGGGAUAUGGUUAUUAGUUUUGGUUCGUUUUGGAUUGAAUGGUGUAGUUGUAUUCAUCCAUUUUGUUCGCCGUACCCUUCAUUGUAACUUUAUUGUGCACGAGCUCGUUUUCACGACCUUUUGAUGGUAAAAAAGAGUACAAUAAAAAGCUAAGAAAGAAAAGUUAG